AUGAGCAAAGAUUGGGUUGUUAUUGUGUUUGUGAUAUUUGUUUCAAGUAGUGGAAUAUUAUUCAGCAAUAAUGUUUGUGCAAAACCACCUCCUAAUGUUAACAUAGGAGCAAUUUUAGCUCUCAACUCAACCAUUGGAAAGGUGGCAAAAAUUGCUAUAGAAGCAGCAGUGAAUGAUGUAAAUUCAGAUUCAACCAUUCUCAGUGGAACCAAGCUUAACAUCUCUAUGCAAGACACAAAACUAUCAACUGGAUUUCUAGGAAUCAUUGACUCAUUGCUAUUGAUGGAGAAAGACACUGCAGCCAUAAUUGGUCCACAAUACUCAGUAAUGGCACAUGUAAUCUCACACAUUGCAAAUGAGAUGCAAGUUCCUCUCUUAUCAUUUGCAGCAACAGAUCCUACACUCACUUCUCUCCAAUUCCCAUAUUUUGUUAGAACAACACAGAGUGAUCUUUAUCAAAUGUCUGCAGUGGCAGAUAUUAUUGAUCAAUUCCAAUGGAGAGAUGUGAUUGCAAUCUUCAUUGAUGAUGAUCAUGGAAGAAAUGGUGUUGCUGCAUUAGGUGAUAAGCUUGCCGAAAAACGUUGCAAGAUAUCACACAAAGCAGCCCUUAAACCUGAUGAUAGCAAUGUCAACAAGGAAGAAAUCAACAGUGCAUUAGUUAAAAUUGCUUUAAUGGAAUCUAGGGUUAUAGUUCUUCACAUUUACCCUUCUUUUGGCCUUGAAGUUCUUCACAUUGCACAAUCAUUAGGCAUGAUGGGAAGUGGUUAUGUGUGGAUAGUCACUGAUUGGCUCACAACUGCUCUUGAUUCUGAUCCAUCAUUGGCUACAACUUCAAUCAUGAAUGAUAUGCAGGGUGUUAUCACCUUGAGAAUGCACACACCAGAUUCAAGAAUCAAGAGCAAUUUUGAGUCUAGGUGGCCCAAACUAGCUCAUCAAAAUAAUGAUGAGGGUCCUUUUGGAUUGAACAUCUUUGGUUUAUAUGCUUAUGACACUGUUUGGACCUUAGCUUAUGCACUUGAUGCAUUCUUUAGAAGUGGUGGAACUUUGAAAUUUUCAAAUGAUUCAAGUCUAAACACUUUAAGGGGUGAUGGUGAUACCCUGCAUCUUGAUACUAUGGGAAUGUUUCUUAAUGGUAGCAUGUUGCUUCAGAAGAUUCUAGAAGUUAAUCGAACCGGUUUAACCGGUCCGAUGAUGUUUUCUCAAGAUGGAAACCUAAUGAAUCCAUCAUAUGAGAUCAUUAAUGUGAUUGGAACUGGGGUUAGGAGGAUUGGAUUUUGGUCUAAUUCUUCUGGUCUUCACACUGGUGAACAAGUUCCAAACCAUGGAAAUUCAAGUGAAUUAGGGCUUUAUGGUGUGAUAUGGCCUGGCCAAACAACACAAACACCUAGAGGUUGGGUUUUUGCCAACAAUGGAAAACAAUUGAGAAUUGGGGUGCCACUUAGGGUUAGCUACCAUGAAUUUGUGUCAAGAACUGAAGGCACUGAUAAGUUUAGUGGUUAUUGUAUUGAUGUGUUCACAGCUGCAUUGGAAUUGUUGCCUUAUCCAGUCCCAAAUAAGUUUAUUCCAUUUGGUGAUGGUAAAACCAAUCCAUUGAAUUCACUACUUCUUCAGAGGGUCACACUUGGUGAGUUUGAUGCUGUGGUGGGGGACAUUACCAUUACCACAAACAGAACUAAGAUUGUGGAUUUCACACAACCAUACAUUGAAUCCGGUUUAGUUGUUGUGGCACCAAUAAGGAAGAUGAAAUCUAAUGCUUGGGCCUUUCUAAGACCAUUUACUCCAAUGAUGUGGCUUGUCACAGGAAUGUUUUUCUUGGCUGUUGGGGCUGUUGUUUGGAUUUUAGAACGUCGCUUGAAUGAUGAUUUUAGAGGCACUCCUAGGAGACAAUUUGUCACCAUUAUAUGGUUUAGCUUCUCAACCUUGUUCUUUGCACAUAGAGAGAAAACUGUUAGCACACUUGGGCGAUUAGUCUUAAUCAUAUGGCUGUUUGUGGUUUUAAUACUGAAUUCAAGCUACAUUGCAAGCCUAACAUCAAUCCUCACAGUGGAACAACUCUCUUCCCCAAUUAAGGGGAUUGAAAGCUUAGCAACAAGCAAUGAAAGAAUUGGUUACUUGAGAGGAUCAUUUGCUGAGAAUUAUCUAACAGAUGAACUCAACAUACAUAGGUCAAGGCUUGUUCCUCUCAAUGACCCUUCAGAAUAUGAGAAGGCAUUGAAGGAUGGAGCUGCUAAUGGUGGUGUUGCUGCAAUCAUAGAUGAACGUGCAUACAUGGAGUUGUUCCUAGCAACUAGGUGUGAAUUUGGGAUUGUUGGUCAAGAGUUUACCAAGAUGGGAUGGGGCUUUGCCUUUCCAAGAGACUCUCCCUUAGCAAUUGACAUGUCAACAGCUAUUCUAAAACUAUCAGAGAAUGGUGAUCUUCAAAGGAUUCAUGACAAAUGGCUAACAAGAAGUGCUUGUAGCUCAGAAGGUGCAAAGCAAGGCAUAGAUAGGCUUGAGACUAAGAGCUUUUGGGGUCUCUUCCUUCUUAUUGGCAUUGCAUGCUUCAUUGCUCUCCUUUGCCAUGUUAUUAGAAUGACCUACCGUUUUAAUAGGCAUUAUUCAAACAACACUACUAGUAAUGACAACCUUGGAGGCUCUUCUUCUUCUUCUUCUUGUUCUUCUCGUAUCAAAUCUUUCUUUUCAUUUGUCAAUGGAAGAGAAGAGGAAGAAGAGAUGGAAGAUAAAAAUGGGAAAAAGAGAAGGCGCAAAGAUAAUAGAGUGGUUCAUGAAGUAGAGGUUUCACCAUUGCAUGAAUCAAACGUUAGCAUCCAUGUUGAAAAUGGUGCCUAAUUAAGGCUUACAAGUAUAUAUACAACUAUAGUAUUAUGCAGCAUUAUUCAACACAGUUUGUAUGAUUGCAAUGUAGAUAUCAAUAUUCACAUAUCAAUAUAUCAUACAAAGUUGUUCCAUUGAGCAUUUCCUUACAUACCCUGAUAUACUAUUGUUCUUCCAGAAGGGUUGCAUUUCAUCUACACACAUUUACAUUCAAAGUUCACCAAAAAAACAAAGGUUUUCCAUUUUUCCUUGCAUACAAAGCAAGUCCUAUAUCUCUAGCAAAAUAUAACUGCAUUUUCUAGUUCACCAAAAUGUACAGCCUGCAACAUAUAGUCUCUCAAAAAAGGUGGAGAAAAGCAUUCUUAACAACACUUCAUGCUUCUUCAGCUACUUUGGUGCUGGAUACUCUGAAAUGUCUAGUUCCCCAGGUGUCAUCUUUAUUGAGGUAAUAUGAUUCGAGACAAACAGAAACCCAUGGCGGAUGUCUCUUAUCACUGGUAGCACCACCUUCAGUUACUCCAAGCAAUUUGUUUAGCUUCUUGCUCAAACUAUCCGUGUCCGGAUAGCCACCAAAAAGAGUCUCCUGCCAUGUAUCAA